GAGUGCGGGUAGGGAGUGAGGGUGGAGCCUCUCUCGACACCAGCAAGGCCUUGGACGUAGUCAUAGAAUCAUCGGGUUGUCAGAGAGUAGGCACCUCAAGACAGGGAUAGAAGCUCAGCCCUGCCUCAGAGCUCGUAAUUCCGCCCAUCCUGUAGUAGUUUGAGUGUCGGACUGUCCGCCCUGUUAUGUGCGACUUUGUGACACUCUCGGUGUUGUGACUCAGUUGGAGUCACAGAGUGACUCUGAUGGGGAUUGUGGGAUUCAGGUUCCAGAUGUUCAAGAUGAUGGGAUUCAGAUUCAAGAUGACUCGGAUGGGAAUUAUGGGAUUCAGGUUCAAGAUGACUCGGAUGGGAAUUAUGGGAUUUAGGUUCAAGAUGACUCGGAUAGGAAUUAUGGGAUUCAGGUUCAAGAUGACUCGGAUGGGAAUUAUGGGAUUCAGGUUCAAGAUGACUCGGAUGGGAAUUAUGGGAUUCAGGUUCAAGAUGACUCGGAUAGGAAUUAUGGGAUUCAGGUUCAAGAUGACUCGGAUGGGAAUUAUGGGAUUCAGGUUCAAGAUGACUCGGAUGGGAAUUAUGGGAUUCAGGUUCAAGAUGACUCGGAUGGGAAUUAUGGGAUUCAGGUUCAAGAUGACUCGGAUGGGAAUUAUGGGAUUCAGGUUCGAGAUGACUCAGAUGGGAAUUAUGGGAUACAGGUUCAAGAUGACUCGGAUGGGAAUUAUGGGAUUCAGGUUCAAGAUGACUCGGAUAGGAAUUAUGGGAUUCAGGUUCAAGAUGACUCGGAUGGGAAUUAUGGGAUUCAGGUUCAAGAUGACUCGGAUGGGAAUUAUGGGAUUCAGGUUCAAGAUGACUCGGAUGGGAAUUAUGGGAUUCAGGUUCAAGAUGACUCGGAUGGGAAUUAUGGGAUUCAGGUUCAGAGUGCCCCUGUUGUGAGAGAUGAGGAGCAAGGAAGCAUUCCCACGGAAGGGAAUGGUGGAGAUGAUACUGAAGCUAUUCAGGUGCAAAGGGAAGACAGCUUCCAGCUAGAUAACAUGCAGACACAGGCUCCUACUAACAAGCUGUCUGGCUUUGAUGAAACGGAAUCUCUGGAUCUAGCUGGCUGUUUGGAAUUCCGGGUCCACCGGAGUGUCAGGAUAGCAAACAAGAGAGAGGUCCGAGGCCAAAGAAAUGCAUUCAUGCUAUGCAGGGAUUAUUAAAGGUUGUGCUGAGAGACAAACCUUUGUCAAAAGCAACGUCUCAUUUGGAGUCAAGAAGCAAUCUCUUGCUUUCCCAGAUUACCUUGCAGCUUUGUGUAUUCAAGUUAAUGGGACUUUGUCUUGUAUUGAUGGAACCUUGCUUUAUGCCUAAUGUUCUCUUUAUAAUGUUUAUUAUUUAUAGCCUUGUGUAAGGAAGCUAAUAACAGCUGCCACCAAUUUGUAAAGAUACAACCACCAAAGACUCUGAGAGGAGACCUUUUACUUUUUUUUCUUUCUUCUUAUUCACUUUAGAUGGUAGCGUAACUUGGUUUAUAAUAUAUGCGAGAGAGGCUUAGAUGUUGGAAGAACAAUAACAAGUUUAUUCAGGCACAGAGCUUAGUGGUUACAAUGUUGUUGUAACCACUACUGGGAGGUAUUUUUAUUAACAGUUACAAUACUAGAAUGAGAUAAGUCAAACUCUCUAAAGUGUCACUUCCUUUACUCAAAGUACAGUAGAGUCUCACUUAUCCAACACUCGCUUAUCCAAAGUUCUGGAUUAUCCAACACAUUUUUGUAGUCAAUGUUUUCAAUACAUCGUGAUAUUUUUGUACUAAAUUAGUACAUACAGUAAUUACUAUGUAGCAUUACUGCGUAUUGAACUACUUUUUCUGUCAAAUUUGUUGUUAAACAUGAUGUUUUGGUGCUUAUUUUGUAAAAUCAUUAUGUAAUUUGAUGUUUAAUAGACUUUUCCUUAAUCUCUCCUUAUUAUCCAACAUAUUCACUUAUCCAACGUUCUGCCAGCCUGUUUAUGUUGGAUAAGUGAGACUCUACUGUAGUUAGAACUUCUUCCUCUGCUACUUUUAAACCGUAGCCACCCUGUGAUAUACGAUCACAGAUUCUCUGUUCCUUACCAGGACACAGACUACAUUAAAUAAGUCACCAAACUUAUUUUAAACCGACUCAAAAAUUGAGUCUCCCUGAUCCCCUCAACCUAGGAUCAAUCUUCCCUGUGCCUCAUCAGAGCACAGACUGAAUCCCUUUUUUAAAACUCUGCACUUUUUCAACAAAACGGCAGUUGGCUCCGCCUACUUCUCCAUGGCAUGCUGAGAUGCAAUAACUGCAAUACUUACCCUUUUAAAACACAAACACACAAUUAAACAUAACAUCUGUAAACCAAAAAUGCAUACUUCAUUA